ACACACAGACUCUGCAGCUGCUGCACGGAGGAUCCACGGCGGAGGACCCACGGACCGAUGCCAGCGUCACGGCCGGGGAGGGGGGGACAAGCACCGCAUCCACUGACGCGUCUCCUCACUGGCAUGGACACCGGAGGAGAGCUCUGACCAGCCAGGAACCAUGCCUACUGUCCUCGGUGGCAAAGGGAAACUUUCCAUUGUCUGCUUUCUGCUCCGAUGCGCCUAUUCUCAGGUAACAAGAAGCCAACACAGCAGCUGUGCCAAAGACAUUUUCGAGGACAUGACUCAGUCCUGGCCAUCCCAGCAAGCCUUAGGGGGUGACCAGGCCCAGCGAAUCCUCUAUAACUCUAAGGAUGCGAAACAGCCAACAACACAACAAAGACAAAGCCGAGGGGAUGCUCAGCCUCGAAUGGCCCGUCACCCUCAUGUGGCACCUCACAAAUCCAUGCUUGCCGAUGACCUGAAGCUGAGCAGCGACGAUGAUGACACUCAAAGGGCGAUUCAUGACUCAGCUUCUUGGGACAGACACAGCCUGUCAGCACAGCGAGCACACACAAAUGGCAGGCGGGUGAGACAUUCCAGCUCGGACUCUUCAGGUUCAGACUCCACCGCCGAGUCGGGCAGCAGCAGCAGCAGCCUUCAUUCCCGGAGCCCGAGCCGGAGUCCAGAGGUUCACCCAGAUCCCGCGUCGCCCGCCGACACGCAGCCGCGGUGCCGCAACAAGGAGACUGACCGUCCUUCUGCUGCCCUUUGGCAGUUAGAUAAAUGGCUGAAGAAGUCCCAGAAAAAAUCUGCCCGGAGUGAACAAGACCCCUCUCAGAGCAUUCCAGGACGCCUGCUCUCGCCCCACACCCAGCGAGCCCCAUCUCCAGCCAGGUCGUGGGACAGCAAUCAGGAAUACAGCCCCAGCCAAAGUCCCAUUCCCAGCCCACAGUUCAAUUACAGCCACAACAACGGCUCCCUACCGAGCCCUGGUUACAGCUUCUGUCCGAGUCCCAGCCCAUUCCCCAGCACUUGUCCAAGCCCAAGCCCAAGUCCAAGGCAUAGCCUGAUCCCUAGCCCAGUUCCGAGUGUUUGCCCCAGUCCGUGUGGGAGCCCAAGAGUCAGCCGUAGCCCUAGCCCUAUACUGAGAGAUCCUCCAAGAAGCCCAAGUCCCAGUUUACCUGCUCCUUCCAGGGGUUGUCACUACCCUGAGGUUCAGAGUCACAACCAAGCGCAACCUGGCCCGACAAGCACUCCCCAUAGGACAAAAAUCAGGCCAUGGAUUGCUCCUUUGCCUAACGCUAAUACGAGGAUCAAGCCCGCAAGUAAUACUCACCUUCAGCACACGCCUAAGUCUCGACCGACACGAGACCAAGAUCAAAACCAAGGCAAGUCGAAGGCUUCUGUGGUUGAAUCCUCUAAUCAAAGUCUAAGUUACAAAUCUAGACCCAAACCUAUUUUUCAUUCAAGCCCUAAAUCACUUAUUGAGGUUCCCAAAGCUAAAAACACAUCACAUUUUGAGCAAAUCCAGAGUAGCAGAUCCAGCCACAAAGCCCGGCCUCCAUUUCAACAGCAUAGUCCCACAAGAGCAAAGCGCUUAGCUCCCAUUAGUUGUGAAACCAACACUGCUCACAGUUCUCAUUCCCAAUCUACCUCUAAAGCUGCUAAUAAUAUCAACAAAGGGUCGAACCCUCGGUCCAGCCCUAGUCUAAAGCAUAGGUCCAAGUGUUUGGAGGUCACUGCCCCGACAUCUACGCAUGUUAAUCACGCAAAAUCAUCACAGAAGAAACCCCAAGCGAAGGAGCAGGAAGUGGACCACAGAAGUAAUCAUCUGACCCAAGUAGAGAGGAGAAAACACGAAAGGAAAGAGGACAGACACAGGGAAAAACUACAAGGGAAACAGGAGCGAAAGGAAGACAAGAGGCUGGCGGAGGAGCAGCUACAUAGACGUCCCUGGAUCCAAAGUUCGGCUGAAGAAGAGGAGGAGGAAGAGGAGGCGGAAGCAGCGCUAGAACGGCAGAGGAGGAGAGAGGAGACAGCAAGUGGGGAAAACAGGAGGAAGAGGGAGCAGCAACACCGACACGAAUGGCAAACAGUUCAGGCCAAACAGAGAGGGCCGACCAGCAGCGAGCGACACCGCCUUCAGGACGACUCACACCAUCAGGGGAGGACAAAAAAGGGAGGCAGAAGUGAGGCGGACAGAGAGCUAUCACAUCCUCUUUCUUCACGUUCCCCAUCUCCUCAUAGACCACCUUCCUCGGCCUCUUCCUCUUCCAACUCAGAUUCAGAUUCAGAAUCUGAAUGUCAGGCUCCGAUCGCCAAAGUUCCAGCAGACUCCACCUCUCACAAGAGACUCACCAAGAAAGGGCAACAGAGCCCAAGCAAACCUGACGCCAACAGGCCAAAGGUAGUGCAGCCCAAAGGAGCCAGCUCAGGUAACCCAAGCCAGAUUCAGCCAAGUGAAGGGAAGCAAAAACUCUACACCCUGGUCCCAUUUGGGCGAAGUGAAAAAGCCCCACCUUCCUCCCAGCGAGGACUGAGGAAUCUGGUGGUGCACAUAGAUCUGUGUCUUCUCAAAAGGGUUCCGGACAGCACUACUAAUUCCCCUGUUAAAAAACCCUCCUCUUCCUCCUCUUCUGCACCGAACAAGGACAAGCAAAGAGAGGCUAUGAAACACCUGUUUGUCCCUGAGACGCCGACGAAAGACAACAAAAGGAAACGCAAGUUGGAGAAUGGUGUGUCACACAGAGAAAGCAAGAGAAGCCUUCCUUAUGCAAAUGACCUCUCAGGCCACACAGAGUCCUCAUCUCUCACAGCUGAGAACCUUGUGACUGAAACCACGCACAAUGGGUACUUGGAGGAGUACUUGGACAAUAAGAGGCCACUGUCUCCGCUGUCUCCCUUGUCUCCCCUGCCCCAGAGCCCCGAGGCCCCCAAACCUACCUCCAAAACAAAGGCUGCAGAGCAGAAUAACACCCCCAAGAACAAAGAGAAGAACAGAGAUUCAGCCAUAAAGCCCAAGAUGGAGGUGGAGUGUGUAAAAGUGUCAAGACAACCUCAACCACCGUCCGAGUCCUGGGGCCCUGCGGGACACCGAGGGACCGUGCCAAACCACGAAACUCCUCACCACGCUGAGUACUACUUACAUGAAGCUAAAAGGAUGAAGCACCGUGCUGAUGCGAUGGUGGACAAACUCGGGAAGGCUGUGAACUACGUUGACGCUGCUCUCUCCUUCAUGGAAUGUGGGAAGGCGAUGGAGGAAGGGCCACUGGAGGCAAAGUCUCCUUAUACCAUGUACUCGGAGACAGUGGAGCUUAUUAGGUAUGCAAUGAGGCUGAAGAGCCACUCUGGGCCUGGGGCGAGACAGGAAGACAAACAGCUGGCGGUUCUGUGUUUCCGAUGCCUUGCCCUCCUUUACUGGCAGAUGUUUCGUUUAAAGAAGGAUCAUGCGCUGAAAUACUCCAAAGUGCUGCUGGACUAUUUUAAGAGUUCUCCCAAAGUGCCUACUACACCACCCUGUUGGAAUGACUCUGGGAAGGAUACAGGAGGACCCCCUUCUUCACUCUCACCUGAUGCCAAACACAUCAGCCGUGGUUCACACAGGGGCAGCAGCUCUGCGUCUCUUAUAAGCAUUCCCCAACGCAUCCACCAGAUGGCAGCAAACCACCUGAACAUCACCAACAGUGUCCUGUACAGCUACGAAUACUGGGAGGUGGCGGACAACCUCGCAAAGGAGAAUAAAGAGUUCUUCAACUACUUGAACACAUUGUCUGGGCCAUUGACUCUGCACAGUAGCAUCGCUCACGCUGUCCAAUACACCAGACAGGCUCUUCAGUGGAUACGCAUCAGUGCCAAACUUAACUGACACGGAGAGGAUUUACUGUAACCUGCGCGCUGGAUCUCCAGGACCAUUUACUGUAGAAGAGACGAAACUCUGGAUCUCUAUGCAGCUAAGAGGACGCCACUGAUACCUACUGUCCAAUAAGUUGGAUGAAAUCUCAUAGAGCCUGUCAUCCUCGUAGUAUGCUGAGAUGCAUAUGGAUCCUCACUGUGUGCAAAACCUUCUGAAGAAGCGAUCUCACCGAUUACCCGCACGCACCGUCUUCUUCCUCAUUUCUGGGUGUAUCCGAGGAGUCGUGUGUGCCGUGGAUGAUUGAAGUCUCUAAUCAUUUGCCAAAUGUCCUGAGGACCUCAAAGAACUUGCAUAUUGUAGUAUGUACAAAGCUUUUUUCAUAUUCUGGACUUUUUCUCUGGGGCCAAAACAGGAGAAGAUGCUGGGGGGAAAAACGACCAAUCAGUCAUAUACCACUUUCUCCAAAGUAGAAAACUUGUCUGCAUCUUUUGCUAAUGAAGGUUGUUAUGACUUUUGCUUUUAAAGUAUCUAAUAUUUUUACUUUUAUGUGUUUUUACUGUGCAAUAUUUGAUGGAUAAUUUG